AUGGGCUCUACCGAAGAAGAAGCCACCAUCUACGGCGAAUUCAUGCACCCAAUCAUCACAUCAGAAACAAAAAACAGUGACCCCUGGCAAAGAAACUACAACGCACCACCACCCCUAAAACCUCUCGUCCCAAGAACCUACCCACUACACGACAUCCGCCCGAAACUGGCCAGCACAUCACCAGAACAACUCCUCCAAAGCCACGGCUUCGGCGUCGUAAAACACAAUUCCACAUUCCUCGCCCAACUAAACGGCGAAGACCUCUCCCCUUCCGCCAUCUCAGAAACCUACCACCCAGAAAUCCUACAUCUCGUAAAAAAGACACUAGGUUGCAAAGAAGUCUUCAUCGUAGGUAGCGUCUUCCGCCAAGGAAAACGCGCUCCGGAAACCUAUCACCUACCCACCGAGCGAAAAUCCAUCUCGCAAGCCCCACAGCAUAAACUCGCCACACAAUCCAACCUCCAACUCGCCGCACCCGUUCGCGUCCCGCACAUGGACUCCACGCCUCUAGGCGCGCGCCAAACGAUCCGGUUCGAGAAGAAAGAGAUCUACGAAGUUGCGAAACGUUCUGGGAUUUUUGAAGCCGAAAAUGAGAUUUUUGCGGAUCCGGUGACGAAAGAUUCUGAUCAGGCGAUUGCGGAGAGGUAUGCUGGGCCUCGGUAUGCGGCGUAUAGUAUCUGGCGACCGUUGCGGAAAGUUGGGCGUGAUCCGCUCGCUCUGGCUCCGAGGGGGAAAGGGGAGAUGAUGACGACGGGGGAAGAUUUCGUGCAUUAUUUUUAUGAGAAUAGGAUUCGUGGGGAUGGGGAGUUGAGGGGGGAUUUCUUGAAGGAGUAUACGAUGCUUGGGGUUAAGGAUGGGGAGGUGAGGAGGGGGAAGGGGAUUCAAUGGUUUUAUGUUUCGGAGCAGGAACCGGAUGAGGUGCUGUUUGUUAAGUUGUUUGAUAGUUUUGCUUUGGGGCCUGAUGCGAAACAUGCUGCUGCGCCUUGGCAUGGGUCUCCUGAGAUUGGGGAUGCGGCGACGAGUGAUGAGCCGAGGGAGAGUAUUGAUAUUCGUGUUGUGGCUUUCUGGUGA